AUGGCUGGCAGGACUCUGCAAUCAGGACACCCGGAAGAGGAUACUACCAAAGACCUGGCUCUGAAAUUACCACCAGGGAAGUCUGGAGGUCACCUGGCCAGCAUUGAUGAGACCCGACCUGUAGGCCCAGGCCCAGCCUCCCGUCGCGGCUCCCUGCUGAGCCUACACCCAUCCUUUUCACGCCGCAACUCGCUGGCAGGACCCCUAGUAGGUCUUGGAGGUCGACGACCAUCCCUGGGCCUGAUGCCCCCUUUAGGUUCACGAGUUAGUUUUUCUGGGUUACCCAUCAUGCCUGCCCGUCGGAUGGCACCCUCAUACCGCACCGAACCAGCGCCAGGCGAGCGCUGGGAAGCUGCAAGCGCUCAGCGUGUCCUGGAGGCAGCACUGGAUGCAGGGCUGAGCAAUGUGUGCUACUCGGGUACCGAGGCGGGGAAACUGGCACAGGCGCUGUGUGAACAGAUACGCAUACAUGUGCGGGAGCUCAGCCUACCCCGCUACAAACUGGUGUGCAGUGUGGUGCUGGGACCACGCCAGAGACAGGGCGUGCAUGUGGCCAGCCGGGCACUCUGGGACGCAGCGCAUGAUGGACUGACCUCUGCCACCUUCACCAACACUUCACUGUUCGCCGUGGCUACUGUCCACGCAGUUUACUGGGAAUGA